AACAACUUUGACAGACGUAAACGAAGCCGGUAAUAAUUCUUUUAUUAUUUUUUAAUCUUUAGUUUGUUUUUAAACAAUUUUGUAAAAUUUAAAACUGCUGAUAAUGUCUCAAUAAUAAAAAAGUUUAUAAAAGUACAAAAUGUCGAUAAAUAAUUAUGUGAUAUUAUGCUGUUUGGUGGCGGUUGUUAGCGCAGCUGAAUUGGUUGAUAAGAACAAAAAUGAUCAGGCAAAUUUACGAGGAAGGGUUACUUAUUUGGAAGCUGGUGAAAUACAUAUUUAUGAACCUUUGCGUAGACAUCGUGGUUUCUUUGAGAAAGAUUUGCGUACCUAUUGCUAUAGGGGAGAACAUAAGACUUUGGGACGUUUAUUCGAAACGGUGGAAUUGAUUCUAGAGAUUGAAAGUGAUGAUUACACUCAAUAUGAUGGUGCUACACCAGCAGAAGUGCAAGUACACUAUGAUGAACAUCGUUCCUUAUUUAGUUUUAAUCUAUUUAGCCAAAAACGUACCCGCCUGCAGUUAUCGCCCUUUGCUUCCAGUUGUAUGGGCAUAGAAACAAUAGAACCUUAUCGUAUACGUUUACAAAAAGUAAGAGUAGAUUUUUGGCGUGUCAUUCAACUAGUAGUAGGUUGUUUGGUCUUUCAUUAUGCCGGCAAGUUAUCACAAAAUGCUAUAUUCUAUUAUAUAACAGGAGUGACAUUGGGUAUCUGUUCCUCCUUUAUGUUGCUUAUAUGGUUGUCAAGUAAACUAGUGCCUAGACGCACCAUGAUGUAUGGCGUUUUAAUUGGUGGCUGGACCAUUGGUUUAUAUGUUAUACAAAUGCUGUGGGAAAAUCUUCAAGUUAUUAUUUUAACCUAUCGUACAUAUGUUUUUUGGUAUAUUUUCGUUACCGGUGUUGUCUCGUUCUUUUUCUGUUACCGCUGGGGUCCUCCUACUAAUCAACGCUCCAAAAAUAUUAUUAAAUGGUUGCUGCAGCUAAUGUCUUUAAUUAUGAUUUAUUUUUCGAGUCGUUACGAGGAAGCUACUGCUGCUAUAAUUAUUUUAACCAUUAUUUUACAUUAUUUCCCACGUUCUUUGUGGUAUAGGGGACGUGCUUUUUGGUUGCGUAAAUUUCCGCCUAAACGUCGUUUUCUUACUAAUGAGGAGUAUUAUGAACAGGGUGUUAGAGAGACUACGAAGGCUUUAGAUGAAUUGCGUUCGUUUGCCAGUAGUCCGGACUGUAAUCAAUGGAGGGUCAUGAGUAAAUUACGCGAUCCCAUGCGUUUUGCAGCAUUUGUCGAGGGUGCCUCACACUUACGCGAUGAAGAAAUUUUACAUUUUGAAUCUUCAAAAUACUCCGACGACUUGGACGAUUCUGACAUAAGCCUAAACGACAGUGAUGAAGAUGUAUCAAGCCAACAACAUCAUGUCAAAACCUAUUAUAAUGGACAACAACAAUUAAAUACAGUUGGCGAUAUAAGUGAAGAUGAAGAAGAUGUAAUAUCUGAAGAAGAAGAAGAAAAUAUGGCUAGAGGUAGAGCUACACCAUUACAACGUUAUCAUAUUACACAUGCUUCAAAUUCAGCAACAAUUAGUUCAGCUAAACAAAGAUUACGCCAUAUAACUCCAACAACUAGGGCACGUCAUUCGAGUGCUCCUAGAUCGGUGACACGAUCUUCUAGACUUUAUGAACAAGAAUUCAGUGAUGAGGGUUAAAUGUGUUAAUAAAACUCUCAAGGAAAUCGUUUGAUUAAUUGCUUAAUACAUAAACAUACAUUAUUUAUAUUUUUGUACUCAUUUGGACAAUUUUUCAUAAUAAUUUUUUGUCUCCUUUUCUUGUGUUUUUUUCUAUGUAUAUCAUCGUCUCAUCAUUUGUACGUUAACUUUAAAUGAAUUAAUUUACUAUAAGUUUUUUUUUCAUUAUAACUUUUUUCUUUAGUUUAGCAUUAAAAUAUUUAAUAAAAAAAUGAUUGUUUUCUUUUUGUAAAUUAAAAACCAUGAU